CAUUCAUUCACUCCGACACUUGAGAAAGCGAAAACCCUAAAACCCUGAUCACAGCUUAAUUUUUUAAUAAGAAAAAAAACCGGUUUGUUUAUUUCCAGGCAGUUCCCCAAAGAGUUAAAGAGUGUUAAUUUCUUCAGUAGAUGUUUGGUUCCUAAUUUAUAUCUUUGAAAUUCCCUCCAAUGGCUAUCGACGGAAGCAAAACCUCCCAAGUUUCAGCCUCUCAACCACCGCGCAAAAUCAACGUAAAGAAAUUCGCGGAAGCCAGAGCCACCGAGCUCGAGUCGCUUCACUCUACUAUAUCAACUCGACUCAACGAUGAUUUCCGGUCACGUAGAAACAAGAGAAGGAGGACCACCGCAUUCGACAAUCAAGUCGCCAAGAAGAGAAACAGAAAGAGGCUGAGGUUGGUUGAUAAAAGGAAUGUUUCGGCCUUAGAGACGGAACAGAAGGAAAAAUCUCCUCUUCCACGUCGCGUUCGUCGGAGAUUGGAGCUUAAAAGGAAUCCCGGAAGCGGUUUCGUUACUUCAGGGGAUGGCACCAAGAGAUUGAGAACGCAUGUUUGGCACGCGAAGCGGUUUACAAUGACGAAACGGUGGGGGUUUUACCUUCCUUUAGGAUUGCAGGGCAGAGGAAGGGGUUCGAGGGCUGUGUUGAGGUGGUUCGAACAAGGAGUGGUUGUCCACGAUGCGAGCUAUAAUGUUGCUGUUCAACUGGAGGGUCCGGAGGAUUCUUUAAUGGCAACACUACAGAUGGUUCUAGUGCCUUCUCCAUCAGUUCAAUCUCAAGGUGUUUCCAGCUCUGUUCUUUCCGGUAUUACUUAUGGAACUGCUAUGCUUCAUUAUGUCGGAGCUCCUUUUUCACAGCCAAUUGCGCCUGUGACUUAUAUGUGGCGUCCUCAUGAGAAGAGUAAAGAAGAUGGAAAUAAUAAUUGCCAUGAUGUUAUUGAAUGUAAUGAGCCAUGUAGAAUUGGCUUUCGCUCUUGCUUUCGCCAGCUAUGGAUUUGGAUUCAUGCAUCAGCUUUUAGCAAGGGAUAUGAUGCUAUAAAAUGUGCUUGUCAAAAACUGAUGAUUGAGAGAGGUAUCACCAUUAAUUGUUUUUCACGUGAGGGUCAGCUUGCAGAAUUGGAGUUAAUUGGGUCUAAGGCAUUUCAGCUUCUUCAGAAGAUUGUUCAUCCUGUCACUUGCAUUCUAGAAACUUGUUGGCAACAGCAAAAGUGUUCAAAUGCAAAGGACAGUGAUGACUUUCAGAAAAAGAACUCUUUUACACUUGAAAAUGAGGAACAUGUUCCUUCUUGUGCAAUUUUAUCUUUUACAAUCAAGGAUCCUCGCAUAUUGCCUGCUGAAAGGACCACAGAUUUUCUUGAGCCAGAUUCUAUCCUUGAUAUGCAAGAAGUUGAAGCUAAUGAACAUGUUAACUUAACUAGAACUGUAUAUGAGAAUGAAGAGGUAGCCUCACCCUCAUGUUUAAAACCUGAAGGAAAUGAAAUUUUAUCUAUCAACAAGAAUUUGUGGGAUGCUAGCAGUAGAAUUGACCCCCCAGAGGAAGAUAACAUACUUUGCAUGGAAAAGCAUCAGCAGCGUAUGGAUUUCUUUUGCCUUGAUGAUCCAAAAUCAGGGCCCCCAAAGACUUCAAACAAGGUGCAGUGCAAGCGUUCUUGCCCUAUUUUGCUUCUAAAAAACAAUAACGAAAAGGGCUCUCCUUUGGGAUGGUCUGUCAUACUACCUUUAAGUUGGACUAGGGUCUUCUGGUUUUUUCUUGUCUCCAAGGGGGCUCAUGCUAUUGGGCUGAGGGAGAAACGCUGGAUAUCAUGUGAAGUUGGACUGCCUUCUUUUCCUUCAGAUUUUCCUGACUGCAAUGCAUACUUAGCCCUAAAGGAAAUUGAAGAGACUGCCUCUAGGCAAAAUGCAGAGCAGCGUCCUCUGGCUGUAAGACCUUUUAGAAUUUCCAUUCCACCACCGUGGGAUGUUGUCCAUGUUGCUUUGGACAAACUAACCAUGAGGGUGAAAGAAGCUCAAAAUUCUAGUGGAGAAAAUAUGGUUGGAAAAAACUCAUUGAAAAAUUCAAGUUAUGAAAGAAGUGAUGUAACAAGGUGUCGUAAUUCAUUUGAUGGCAUUGUAGCAAGGACAUCAAGUAUGCUGACUGACUUCUUGAAUGGCAUCCAUGGUGAACAUUUGCUUUUAUUUCCUCAAUUUCAGAAUAGAAAGUCAAGUCUUAUUAAGUUUAUGAAGGAUAAAAGCAUGAUGGGAAGAGGAGAAAAUGGGAUUACCCAAAUUAGCUACAGCCAUAAGUUAUGUUACGUCAGGGUUCAUCUCCAUGCAUACAAGGAGGGUGUUUUUGAAGAGGGAGCUGUUGUAUGUGCACCCUGUCUCACUGAUAUAUCAGUAUGGACUUCCAGCUCUGGUAGCAUUGAAUGUGGACUUAAAUUGCCUGAUUCUGCCGUGAGGUCAUACUUUAAAGAACAAUCUUCUGGUAAGUGGGAACUCCAAGUACCAGAGGAUUCUGCUUCUAGAGAGUAUCAUCGGUGGCCAGUUGGUUUUGUCACUACUGGAUUUGUUCGAGGGAGCAAAAAGCCAAUAGCAGAAGCUUUUUGUGAGGCUGUCUUGCUUGCUUGUCUGAGGAAGGAGCAGUGGAAUGAGAUCCCAGUGCAUCGUAGGAGGAAGGAGAUAUAUGUCCUUGUUAGGAACCUUAGAUCUUCAGCUUGUAGACUUGCUCUUGCUACCAUUGUCCUGGAACAACGGGAAGAAGAUGUGGGAUUCUUGUAAAAUUUUGCCAACCUCUGGUUAACCAGUACAUCGUGGGAGGACAAAUUAUUUAUCAUGUAACCGGUUUUCUUUGUUUUUCUUUCUUUUUUUUUUUUUCAAUUGCGGCAAAGGCUUUGGAGGAUAGUUUGGGGGAGCAUAUGGGAACAUCAACCCUUUCUUCUAGAACACUUUUCAAUCAUGUCCUGAUUAGUUGAUUCCCGUUUCCAAUACAAUGUUGGCCCCCAAUCUUUGUUCUCAA